CCCUACGGUUAACAUGUUGCAACUGCUAGUGCUGGCUUGUGUCCUGGCGCUGGGCGUGGCGGAGCCGGAGCUGGAGCCGGCGGCCGCAGCCAGCCCCGUGUUCGUGCAGCGCGACGAGCACGAGCGGUUCGACCGCGGCCAUGAUGACGACCCUCAUCACCAAAGAAAGGCACACAUCUCAGAUGACAUUCUGAGGAAACAACAUAAGAUAAUAGAAAGUGUGUACAGCCCUGACUACAGCGAGCCUACAGUAGUCCUGGACUACCGAUACUUGAAGUCUGGCGGGCGGGACUACGUUCGAGGACCUGGUGGUCAGAUCCUCAUCCUCCCACACAACGUCAAGAGUCCAGAACAUAACGAGCAUAAGGACUAUGACUCUUUAAUUGAGUUUUUGAGGCUAAAGAAUCUGGCGAUGCAGGGGGCGGUGCAUCAGCGCCAGGAGGAGUUAAAUCACGGUCACCAGGGACCACAGCAUGGGGCAAGGCACGGGUUGCAUCUCAACUAUGCUCGUGAGGACAGCUGGCACUGAUUAUAAUGAUAGCCAUUCAUUUGUCUUCAAUGCAGUUAAUUCUAAUCUUUCUUAAAUUAUUAUAUCUUAUUCAUUUUAAAAGAGCCUAUUGUUAUUUAUAAUAUCUGUUUGAAAUUGAUAAAUUUAUAUGAUUUUAUAACUGAGGUUUAUGUUCAUUUAUUUUACAGACAAACCAUAAAUGAAAAUUGGAGCAUUUUGGAUGCUUCAUUCUUAUAAUAACUAAUGGAUGCAUAAUUCUUAUUAAAUACAAGGAAUCUUG